ACUGUUUAUUCAACUGCAGAAAAAGUUGUCUACCUUGUGAUUUUUCAUCUGUCAUUCGUCAUGUUUGUAUGGUCCUAUUGGAAGACAAUUUUCACAUCUCCUGCAUCGCCCUCUAAUGAGUUCCGCUUGUCAAAAGCUGAUAAAGAACAAUAUGAAAAAGAAGAGAGGCCAGAAUCCCAGCAGGAGAUUUUGAGAAGAGCUGCUAAAGACUUGCCUAUCUAUACAACAACAGCAUCAAGAGCAAUCAGAUACUGUGAUCGAUGCCAGCUAAUCAAACCUGACCGCUGCCACCACUGUUCUGCGUGUGACAUAUGUGUACUAAAAAUGGACCACCACUGUCCAUGGGUGAAUAAUUGUGUGGGAUUUUCUAACUACAAAUUCUUCCUCCUGUUUUUAAUGUAUUCUUUACUGUACUGUCUGUUUGUUGCUGCUACAGUCUUGCAGUACUUCAUCAAGUUUUGGACAAAUGAAUUGCCAGAUACCCAUGCAAAAUUCCACGUGCUAUUCCUUUUCUUUGUGGCAGCCAUGUUCUUCAUCAGCAUACUGUCACUCUUCAGCUACCACUGCUGGCUGGUUGUCAAGAACAGAUCAACCAUAG